AAAAAACAAAGGAGCGAGCGAGUUCAAUCGGUAAGAAACUCGGGACGAAGGAGAUCGAGGCGGAAAGCAAACCGAGCGCGAGAUCAUAAUAAAUUUUAAAGAUUUGCCGGAGGAGGAGAAAUAGCGCGCUGUGAUUCGUUGAGAUUUGUUUUUUGAAUUCGACGGCCGAAUCGGGAGCAGCGGUGAUUCGCGGAAGCCUCCCUCCGCCUCCAUGGCGGCUUCGGUUGAUAAACUGCAGCCUCCUUCGGGCUGCCGCGUCGAGGAGACCAAGACCCUCAUCGCGUCCCUCAAUCUCCUAUCCCGCAACCUCCCCCUGCCGCCCGACGUACUCCGAGCCGUAUCCUCAAUCUACCAUGCGGAUUCUUCUGUACCUCCGUCCAGGGAGGCCCAGUUGGAAAAGGAGAGUGCUCCGGCUCCGGAAGACGAGGUGGACAACGCGGACGGUGGCACUCCUUCAUCUGGCGAAGAGAUUCCUGCAGAUUCAACUAGUGGAACAUUGAUUUCAGAGCUAGAAGAUGCAUUAUUGAAGCAGCAACUAAGUCAUAUGUCUUCUUCAGCAUUGAGAGAAACACAAGAAAGUCGCUUUAAUAGUUUAAUUCAACAUCGCCUUACAGAACUUGAAGAGUUACCAGUGACCAUGGGGGAAGACCUACAAAUGAAGUGUUUGCUUGAGCUUUAUGGCUUAAAGUUAGUAGAAUUGCAGAGGAAAGUGCGUUCUGAUGUCUGUGCAGAAUACUGGUUGAAUGAGAAAUGUGCACACCCUGACAAACAAUUGUUUGAUUGGGGAAUGAUGAGAUUAAGAUAUCCUUUUAGCAUGUAUGGUAUUGGUGACAGUUUUCGAAUUGAAGCUGAUGAUCGUCACAGGAAGAAAAGAUACACAGAGAGGAUGUCGAGGUUGGAAGAGGAUGAAAAAAACCAGGCAGAUAUCAGGAAGAGGAAAUUUUUUGCUGAAAUUCUUAAUUCUGCCCGUGAAUUUCAGUUACAAGCACAAGCUAUUCUCAAAAGAAGAAAGCAACGAAAUGAUGGAAUUCAGGCAUGGCAUGCUAGGCAAAGGCAACGUGCCACACGUGCAGAGAAAUUGAGGUUCCAAGCACUGAAAGCUGAUGAUCAAGAAGCAUACAUGAAGAUGGUAGAAGAAAGCAAAAAUGAACGCUUGACGAUGCUUUUGUCGAAGACCAAUGAACUUCUUGUGUGUCUUGGAGCUGCAGUACAGCGGCAGAAGGAUGCAGAUGGCAAUGAAGCAGCCAAAGACUCAGAAUCUGAAAAGAAUUCUGUCUCUAAUUGUGAAACUCCAGGGGAGUUGUCUUUAGAUGAUGACAAUGAUUUUAUUGAUGCUGAUUCCGGUCAAUUUGAAAAAGCAAACGAUUUGCUCGAAGGACAGCGCCAAUAUAAUUCUGCUGUUCAUUCAAUACAGGAAAAGGUAACAGAACAACCAACACUACUUCAAGGAGGGGAGCUGAGACCUUAUCAGAUAGAAGGACUUCAAUGGAUGCUUUCGCUGUUUAACAAUAAUUUGAAUGGUAUUUUGGCUGAUGAAAUGGGUCUUGGAAAGACAAUCCAGACCAUUGCACUCAUUGCAUAUUUGAUGGAAAACAAGGGUGUCACUGGCCCACAUUUGAUUAUAGCUCCAAAGGCAGUAUUACCUAAUUGGAUUAAUGAAUUUUCAGCAUGGGUGCCCAGUGUCACAGCAGUACUGUAUGAUGGGCGGCUAGAUGAAAGGAAAGCAAUGAGGGAAGAAUAUUCUGGAGAAGGAAAAUUUAACGUGAUGAUCACACACUAUGAUCUGAUAAUGAGAGAUAAAGCUUUUCUAAAGAAAAUUCACUGGUACUACAUGAUAGUUGAUGAAGGACACCGCUUGAAAAACCACGAGUGUGCUCUUGCCAGGACGCUUGUGUCUGGAUAUCGUAUCCGCCGCAGACUCCUUUUGACUGGCACUCCAAUACAGAAUAGUUUACAGGAGUUGUGGGCAUUGCUUAACUUUCUUCUACCGAGUAUAUUCAAUUCAGUACAAAAUUUUGAGGAAUGGUUUAAUGCACCAUUUAUGGAUAAAUGUGAACUUUCCCUUACAGAUGAGGAAGAGUUGCUGAUCAUUCGCCGUUUGCAUCAGGUUAUAAGGCCAUUUUUACUAAGAAGGAAGAAAAAUGAGGUGGAAAAGUAUCUCCCAGGGAAAACACAAGUCAUUCUAAAAUGUGAUUUGUCUGCAUGGCAGAAAGCAUAUUAUCUGCAAGUCACUGAUCUUGGAAGGGUUGGACUUGAAUCUGGAAUCAAGUCAAAAUCUCUUCAGAACUUAUCAAUGCAAUUGAGGAAGUGCUGCAAUCAUCCAUACCUCUUUGUGGGGGACUAUAAUAUGUGGCAAAAAGAACAAAUUGUUAGAGCAUCAGGAAAAUUUGAGUUGCUUGAUCGAUUACUUCCGAAACUGCAGAGAGCUGGUCACCGAGUGUUGUUGUUUUCCCAGAUGACAAGGCUUAUUGAUAUUCUAGAGAUCUACUUGCAGUUAUAUGACUUCAAGUACCUCAGGCUUGAUGGCUCUACAAAAACUGAAGAACGAGGGAAAUUCCUCAAACAAUUCAAUGCUCCAGAUUCUCCAUAUUUCAUGUUUCUGUUGAGCACUAGAGCUGGUGGUCUUGGGCUGAACUUGCAAACUGCUGAUACUGUCAUAAUUUUUGACAGUGAUUGGAACCCUCAGAUGGACCAGCAAGCAGAAGAUCGAGCCCACCGUAUUGGACAAAAGAAGGAGGUACGAGUCUUUGUUUUGAUUAGUGUUGGAUCAAUUGAAGAGGAAAUAUUGGAACGUGCAAAGCAGAAGAUGGGCAUAGAUGCUAAGGUUAUCCAGGCAGGAUUAUUCAAUACAACCUCCACUGCACAAGACAGGCGACAGAUGCUGCAGGAGAUAAUGCAGAGAGGUACAAGUUCACUUGGGACAGAUGUGCCUAGUGAGAGAGAAAUAAACCGUCUUGCGGCUCGAACUGAGGAGGAGUUUUGGUUGUUUGAGAGGAUGGAUGAAGAGAGAAGGCGGAAGGAAAGAUACAGGUCAAGGCUGAUGGAGGAAAAUGAGGUGCCUGAUUGGGUAUUUCACAACACUAACAAUGACAAAGCCAAAUUGCAACUAGGUCAGGGUACACAAGGCAGCAGUGAAAUCAUUGGAAAGCGAUCUCGCAAGGAAGUGGUAUAUGUUGAUCUACUGAGUGAUGUUCAAUGGAUGAAGGCUGUAGAAGCUGGAGAAGAUGCAUCAAAAAUAUCUUCUAGAAGGAAGAGGAAAGAACACCCUUCUGAUGCAUGUGAGUCUGUAUCUAACAAUGUGGACCAAGAAAGUUUGUCUGAGCAAAAGAAUAUUGGCAGAUCUAUAUUUGACGAUGAUAUCAGUAAUGAUUCACCGAUCGUGUGCAAGUCUGAUCUAUUUCACAACAAAGAUGAAGGUGAAAGUGAUGCCAGCAGUUUUCCUGACAAUUUUACUUGGAGAACCCACAAGAGAAAACGGUCAAGCCAUGGCAUAUGUAGUGGGCCUAAGAUAUGAAAGCGUCAAACAUGAUCCGUAAUUUAGUUGCAAUUGUCUGGCAGCAGUCAAAAAAAUAUAUUAAUCAAAGCUAAGGAUGCACACAUGCAUGGUGUUUUUUCAGCCUGUCAAAUUGUUGCUUGCAGUUGCUGAAGAAGCAGUCAUGAGCAAAUCCUGCCAAAAUACAUGGUGCAAGAACACACAAGUUGUGUUUUCUUGCCUUCAUUGGUUUUUUUAGCUGGGUUCAGAAUGAUCUUCUCUACAUAUAUGCAAUUAUCAAGAUCGAACCUGAGAAAUGAACAAGCAUGUGAUCUUCAUUUGUCAAAUGGUGUCUAUUGUUUUUUAUCUAUUCAUAUGUGCCAAGCUUAUCAUGAGAGGUCUUGAUCAGUCAUUUUGUUUUGAUCAGACAACUUGCUUGCAAAGCAUUUUUUUUU